AACUCCGGGCGAAUGCGGAUCUACAAAGUUUGUCCGCUCCGGGGCACCGUAUUGGCUUCUACCCCGGCCAAGCGGGCCGGACUAGGCUAGGCUAAGCUGGGCUGCUGGAGCCCGGUUCAGUUUAGGAAACCCUGAUGGCUGCGGUGUUUCUAGUAACGCUGUAUGAGUACUCGCCGCUUUUCUACAUCGCGGUGGUGUUUACCUGCUUCAUCGUGACCACUGGCCUGGUGUUGGGAUGGUUUGGUUGGGAUGUCCCGGUAAUUCUGAGAAAUUCAGAAGAGACCCAGUUCAACACAAGAGUUUUCAAAAAGCAAAUGAGACAAGUCAAGAAUCCUUUUGGCUUAGAGAUCACCAAUCCAUCUUCAGCUUCAAUUACAACUGGCAUAACUCUGACAACAGAUUGCCUUGAAGAUAGCCUCCUUACAUGCUACUGGGGGUGCAGUGUUCAAAAAUUAUAUGAAGCUCUGCAGAAGCACUUUUAUUGCUUCCGAAUAAGCACUCCCCGAGCAUUGGAAGAUGCUCUGUAUAGUGAAUAUCUCUAUCAAGAGCAGUAUUUUAUUAAAAAGGACAGCAAAGAAGAAAUAUAUUGCCAGUUACCGAGAGAUACUAAGAUUGAAGACUUUGGUACGGUGCCCAGAUCUCGCUAUCCAAUGGUAGCACUGUUGACCCUAGCUGAUGAGGAUGAUCGAGAAAUUUAUGAUAUUAUUUCCAUGGUGUCAGUAAUUCAUAUUCCUGAUAAGACUUAUAAACUCUCCUGCAGAAUAUUAUAUCAAUAUUUACUCCUGGCUCAAGGUCAAUUUCAUGAUCUUAAGCAACUUUUCAUGUCUGCAAAUAAUAAUUCCACUCCCUCCAGCAGUUCCUCUCCAGAGCAAAAAAACACAGACCGGAGUUUGCUGGAAAAGGCUGGAUUAUCUGAAACUGAAGUGGAGCCGCCGGAGGAAAACAGCAAGGACUGUGUUGUUUGCCAGAACGGGACUGUGAACUGGGUGCUCUUGCCGUGUAGACACACGUGCCUGUGUGAUGGCUGUAUUAAGUAUUUUCAGCAGUGCCCAAUGUGCAGGCAAUUUGUUCAGGAAUCUUUUGCACUUUGUAGUCAAAAAGAGCAAGAUAAAGACAAAUUGAAAAGUCUCUGAGGGUAUUGUCACAACUGAAAAGUAUACUUUCCACUGAAGAUGCAAAAGUUUAUAUUCUUGGAAUUAAUCAUAACAUGGAAUCUACAGUGUUAACCAUCAGUGAAAAUUCUCUUCUAACUUCGUAUUUGUAUGGUACAUGGAUGGUGAAAAUUAAUUUAUUCCUUGCUAUUCAGUAUGGCAAAUACUGGAAUCCUGUUCUGUGUUAAUGUAUAAAAAUUCAUUCAUCUCUUGAGAAGAAUGUGAAUAUUUAGCCUUUUAUCAGCUAGAGGAUUUCAUGUAAUUUCAAUUAGAAGAAUUCUGAAAAGCAAUCCACCUAAAAUUUGAGGAAGUAAAAGUCUUAAGAUUUCUGAAUUUUUUUCCUUUGACAUAAUCUGAAGUGCAAUUGGGUAAAAACUGAAUUCUUCUUACAGUAAUUGUAUGUUCCCUGGUUUACAAAAGAAUUAGAAAGGGGUUAUAAUAUUAAAUCCUUUCCUGAAAUAUCAGUUUCUAUAAAUAUCCAUCUGUUUGGCUUCUAAUUUUCCUGAUAAUCAUUGUCACAUAAACACAAUUAUUUAUGUUAAUUUUUAAAUAUAGCUUCUUAAAUCAUAAAUGCAAGAUAUAAUUCUUAACUGUUCUCAGUGUGUCAUAGAUUAAAAUGAUACUCAUUUAUAGGAAGCAGAUAUAUAAAAAAUGGAUAAUAAAAUUUCUUGGAUAAUUAAAUUUAUUGUCAAAUAUGAUUAGAUUAGCAGAAUGUGACCUACCAGGGAAGAUCUGUGACACUUGCAAUGCCUUACCUUAGAUUUCCUCCUGUACAAUGAAUUCAUACAAAACUGGAGGGGUUUUAGAGCCAGAAAAAUCACCAUAGAAAACAAAGAACUGUUUUUUUUCUAGUGUGUUUUUUAUUCCAAAUAAACCCCAUAUCCUUCCAAAUAGUAAAUCACUUUGUUCAUCCCUUGUUACAUCCUCUUUAAGAGUUGAGGAACCUGAUAGUCAAAAAAAGCCCCAUUCCCUGUUUUUCCCAAGAUGACUAAGAAGAAAAAGGUAAAUCAGAACUUCCUGUUUCUUCAGUGGAAAUUACCUUCGACUCACCAAGAAAUUAUAUCACAGCAAAUAAACUGUGACAUGCAGGGAGAUU